UUUCUGAAAUAUAUUAAACAAAUCUUUAAAAGAAUGUUGCCAACUUUAAAUUAUUCUUUUAUAACUUCAGUUAUUUUAAUUUUCAACUUUUUAAUAUUAUUCAACAAUCCAACUUAUUCAAUGCGUGCAAGUGGAAGAACUAUUGAGGCAAAAUGAGCCAAGAAAGACUUUACUAACAUUUGGAGAUGUUGGUUAUGGUCUGCCCAAAUUUGGAAGGAAAAUAGAAACACAAAAAUAUUUUGUGCCACUAUCCGAAAAUAAUUAU